AUGGCGUCGACCCAGCGCCAGGGGUCCCUCGGGCACUGUUUGGUCCUGUUUGCCCUUCUCUCCGGCUGCUCUCUGGCAGCAACUUCCCCGCGCUACCUCUCCGUCGGCCUCGACGAGCUCAUCAGUUCCAAGGCUCGAGUCAGCUGCCAUGAUCCCGACACGCAUACAGUUGCGCCGUCUGGAAACAAGCUUGCCAUCCAUCCCGCUUGCAGCAGCGGGUCCGACUUCCAGCAGGCAGGGCUCCAGAACGACAUCCUCCUCCACGACAGUGCCCGUCUGACCACCCUGCUCCAGCGGUCAGCCUUCGCUUCUUCAAACGACAUGGUCAUGACUCCAGCUCCCGACAUCAGCCAUAUUCCGUGGCCAUCUGUCGCGGCACCAGCAGAGGCGCCAUCCGUGACCAUCCCGGACCGAACGGGAACUUCCCUCGACACGCUGGAGUUCGUAGUGGUUGUCGGUUUCGGGACGCCGGCGCGGUCGUCCGCCAUAAUGUUCGACACCGGCAGCGACGUAUCAUGGAUCCAGUGCCAGCCCUGCUCCGGCCACUGCUACCCACAGCACGACCCCAUCUUCGACCCCACCAAGUCGACCACCUACAAGGCCGUGCCCUGCGGAACGCCGGAGUGCACGGCCGCCGGCGGCCAGUGCAACGCCACCACCUGCCUGUUUUCCGUCCUCUACGGCGAUGGCUCGUCCACGUCCGGCGUCCUCUCCCAAGAGACGCUGUCCUUCUCCUCCUCUCGCACGUUCCCCAGCUUCGCUUUUGGAUGCAGCGAGCAAAACGACGGCGGGUUCGGCGAGGUGGACGGGCUCCUCGGCCUUGGCCGUGGCCAGCUCUCCCUACCCUCACAGGCCGCUCCGUCGUUUGGCGGCACCUUCUCAUACUGCCUCCCGUCGUUCAACACCACGCCUGGGUACCUCAGCAUCGGCUCCACGCCGGUCUCCGGUAACAAGCAGGUCCAGUACACGGCGAUGGUAAAGAAGCCAGAGUACCCGUCCUUCUAUUUCGUCGAGCUCGUGUCCAUCAACAUCGGCGGCUACGUCCUGCCGGUGCCGCCGUCCCUGUUCACGAACGGGGGCACCCUCCUCGACUCCGGCACGAUCCUUACGUACCUCCCCGCGGCGGCCUACACCUCGCUCCGCGACCGGUUCAAGUUCACCAUGAAGGGGAACAAGCCGGCGCCGGCAUACGACAUCCUCGACACGUGCUAUGACUUCACCGGCCAGAGCGCCAUCUUCAUACCAGCGGUGUCCUUCAUAUUCAAAGACGGCGCCGUGUUCGACCUUAACUUCUACGGGAUCAUGAUCUUCCCAGACCCAAGCAAGCCGGCCAUCGGGUGCCUCGCGUUCGUCUCGAGGCCGACGGCCAUGUCAUUCAGCAUUGUCGGCAACACACAGCAGCGGUCGACGGAGGUGAUCUACGAUGUUACAGCGCAGAAGAUCGGUUUUGUCCCGUUCAGUUGCUGA